GCCACACUGAGGGCGGCGGCGCUGCUCACAGCGGGGCUUCAGGGCUCCAAUGACCACGUGGCGAUGCAACCGCAAGCGUACUGCUGUGCUGCUGUGCUUGACUGCUCUCCUGGUCUUCUUGGUCGCAUCGCGACGUAAUGCGCGAACCCAUGCCUCUCUCGAACGCAUGCGUUCGCUGCUGAAACCAGCUUUCGCGCCCUCUGGCCGGAUGCAGCUCACCCCGCGGGAGGCGCUCGAUGCUUGCGUGCUGGCGGCGCGGCAGUACUGCAGCGAGCGGCAGCCAGACGAGCAUGCCGCCCCACGCCGGUGGCCUGGCCAGACGGCUACAUGGAGCAGGUCGCAGUCCCGGUUGCAUUGGUGCGGUCACCCAGCCACGGUCACCACAGAGAUUGCCGACAGCCUGCAGCACUUGGCUGAGGAAAACAGCGGCAAUGAGAUACGGAUCGAAGAGGGCGUCUUUCUCUCCAUGGCCAACAGCAAUUCGUCGGUCUUGUCGUGGAACAUUGUGGAGCACCCUCUGGUCAUGCUCAUCAGAAUCUACACCAAUCUGCGCCAGACGAGCGUAGGGUGGGCGCCGCUGGCUCGGCUGCUGCCGCCCGGCCCGGUCUCCCUGCGGGCCGUGGCGGAGCUGGCGCUGGACGCCGCUGCUGGUCCCACCGCCCAUCUUCUGCGCCCCGCUGUCGACGUCUGCCACUUUCUGCGCCACCCACUACGACUUGUGCUGCACGCUGGCGAGCUCGACGUCGAGCUGCCGCACCUGCUGGACGAGAUCGGGUGGAGCAGCGGGCAGUGGGACCCGCCGACCCGUGCCAGCUACGACCAGGCGCUGAGCGAAGCGGUGCGACUCGUGCCGACCUUGCCCGUCCCGCUCAUGGUGCGCCUCAAGCAGCACUAUGCUGCAGACUUGGACCUAUACGGUUUUGAGUUUGACGUGGACGCCAUCUACCGUGCUCUAGCGUAG